AAAUGAAUGAUUGAAAAAACAAGUGUGAGCGUAUGUGACGCCCCCGCUUGGGCCUCCCAUAAAGACCAUCAGCUGGCAGCAGACGCUUCAGUCAGUAUCGUCGCGACGCUCAAAUCAUACACUCUGCACGAUGUCUAAACGCGACAAGGAAUUAGAAUCGCAAGUCCUCAACUGGAUUUUCGAAGUAAUCGGAGAACCGACUCCCAAGGGAGAAUUCGAAGACAUUCUUCGCGAUGGAGUGGUCCUUUGCAACCUUAUCAACAAACUGGCGCCAGGCAGCGUCAAGAAAAUCCAGGCGAAAGGGACAAAUUUCCAGUUGAUGGAAAACAUCCAGAGGUUCCAAGCCGCUGCGAAAAAAUACGGGUUGCCUCAGGAGGAGAUUUUCCAAACUGCGGAUUUAUUUGAGAGAAGAAACGUAGCUCAAGUGGCGUUGUCGCUUUUCGCUUUGGGGCGCAUCACCCAGAAGCACCCAGAGUACAAUGGACCGUCGCUGGGACCAAAGAUGGCCGAUAAGAACGAGAGGUCGUUCACGGAAGCCCAGCUGAGGGCUCACGAGGGCGAACUCAACCUCCAAAUGGGCUACAACAAGGGCGCGUCUCAGUCGGGACACGGCGGUUUUGGCAACACUCGUCAUAUGUAAACGUUUUUAUACCUCUUCUUCAAAGCUUUUCUUUUAUUAUUUUUGUAUAAGAGUACUAGGCUAGGUAGGGUAAAUAAAUUUUGUAAAUUUCUUCAUUUUUGUAACGUUUUGCUUCAUUUUGAUUUUGGAGUUUGUCAGUAUUGAGCGUACUACCAAAGUGUAUAUUUUUAGAUUCCACAGCUGCAUACUAAAAUAGUUUGUCUACGAAAACGCUAAUGCAGAAUAUACAUCAAGUGAGGAAGAUGUAAUAAGCAAACAUUUAUUUAUGUCUCACUAAUAAAUCUGUUAUAAAUAUACUGUUAGUAGUUA